GCACAUACUUUUUCUAUGGACCAUAAGUUUACAAACCCCGCUCUGUGUUGUCUGAAGACUCAGUUCUGCAUGUCUCCUGUGCUGUUUCCUCUCAGACUGAAGAAGAAGUCCCAGUCGGUGGAUAUCGGCUCUCAAAGUUUUCCAGCACAGCUCAUCCCGAGUCUGUCCUUAAACAGAUCUUCACCACCUGUUGCCAAGACGACCACAUCUGAGGUGCAAGAAAACAACACCACCAAUUCCCAGCGCCUUGGUCCGCGGUGCGGUGAUCUGAAACGAGGAUACACAAUAGAUACCGGCCAGAAGAAGACGCCGGAGAAGAAGGAUGGAAGGCGGAUGUCGUUCCAGAGACCGAAGGGCACCAUCGAGUAUUCCGUGGAGUCGCGGGACACUCUGAACAGCAUCGCGCUGAAGUUUGACACAACUCCCAACGAACUUGUUCAGCUCAACAAACUCUUCUCCAGAAAUGUGGUUCCCGGUCAGGUUCUGUAUGUUCCUGAUCCAGAGUAUGUGUCCAGUGCGGGCAGCUCUCCCUCCUUCAGUCCCAGCAGCCCUCUCUCUCCCACCUCCUCAGAAGCUGACCUGGAGAAAGUGACCACGGACUCCAAUGGUCCACCUCGCUCCGAUGCUCCUGCCCCUCCUGUCAUCUCUGCACUGCGGCCCUCCCGUGUGGUUUCCUCCACCUCAGAGGAAGAAGAGGCGCUGACAGAGAAGUUCCUCAAAAUCAACUGCAAGUACAUCACAGACGGCAAGGGUGUUGUUAGCGGGGUGUUGCUGGUGACGCCAAACAACAUCAUGUUUGACCCUCACCGGACAGACCCUCUGGUUCUGGAGAGAGGCUGUGAGGAGUACGGCAUCAUGUGUCCACUGGAUGAGGUUCAGUCUGCAGCCGUUUACAGAGAGAUCACAGACAGCAAGAUCCGUGACUCCAUACCACCGGAUUUUGAAGCGGUGUUCUCUGGAAGCUCUCAUCAAACGGAUCAGCGUCUGCGGGAGGGUUAUGACAGCACCAGCACUGCCCCCCGCAGCACAGAGGGCUCCAUCUCAGAGGACGUCUUCACCGAGUCAGAGCUCUCGCCCAUUCGGGAGGAGCGCCAGUCCACAGAGGAGCUACAGCAAGAGGACAGGUCAUCAGGAGCCUCGUCCCAAUCUGUGCAGACCCUCCUCCAGGAACCUCAGACGGAUGAGGGCAGCCAUACAGAGGAGGAGGAGAAAAAGCCAGAGGAGGGAGAACAAGCCAGUGAAACUGCCCAGCCCAAACAACCUAGCCAGAAUCAGCCAAGCACACCCACCAGCAGGGACCACCAGCAACCACCCCACUGCCAGACCGAAGGAGUCGCCCCCUCCUCAGGUUCUCAGAGCUCAGCCCCUGGAGCAGGGGAGGCCACCGGACAGGAAAGCAGCCCCAAUGGGGCUAAACUGACCCAAGAUUCAGAGACAAACGUAGAGGAGCUGAGGAAGAUGUGGAAGAGUCACACUAUGCAACAAGCCAAGGAGCAGCGUGAGAGCGUCCAGCAGGCCCAGAGAGAGAACGACCAACAGUCUAAGAGCAGCCAGAGACUGAGCUCCACUGAGGGCCUCAUGGUGUCCAAGGAGAGGCAGAAGUCUCACAAGUUUCUGUGUCUGCGGGUUGGCAAGGCCAUGAAGAAGACAUUUGUGUCCAACGCCAGCGCCUCCAUGCAGCAGUAUGCACAGCGUGACCGCAAGCAUGAGUACUGGUUUGCCGUUCCCCAGGAGAGGUCAGACCACCUGUACGUUUUCUUCAUCCAGUGGAGCCCGGAUGUUUUUGGGGAUGGGGUAGGAAGCAUCAGCCGUGAUCCUGGCUUCAUCGUGGUGAAGAAAAUCGAGGAGUCUGAGGCAUACGAGGAGCAGCAAACUGUAGAAAAUUCAGCUAAGGAGUGGGAGGUUUCUGGAAGUGUCUUUAUUGUGUUCCCCGCACUUCACACACCUUCAUGCACCAGUCAUAUGUUGUUGUCAGAGCUCCUGUAUUCAAUCUUGCUAAAUGUUUCUCAGACUGGGUUGUUUUGGUGAAACCAAGAUGCAUUGUGCAAUGCGAGCUUGCAGCUGGUGUUUUGCAUGAGUGUGCAAUUGUUUUAUUAUUUUAUUUACUUAUUUUUUUUAAGAAAGAGGCACAUGUAUGCAGUUUAUGCAUGCAUGGAUCCCUCAGUCGUGUCUAAAAAGGCAUGGUUUAGCCCGACUAUGUCAUGCCUGAAUGAGAUACAGGCAAAUCAUGCCAACAGGUGCAAGUGUUGUUACCUGAUGUAUUAUGCGUGGUGUGUCUUUUAUAAAGCUCCGUUUGAAUGUUUUACUGAUUGGAUAAUACCGUCUGAUAUUUCCCCGCAUGUUAUUGUGUUCUGGUUGCUGCAUUGAAACCAAUCUGUGGCACUGAGAAACCGAUACUACGACUGCGGCGGCAUUUAAAUUUGACUUUAAAUUAAUGAUGUAGAGAACAAAAUAGACUGAUUUGUUAUUUGGGAACUGGAGGAUCUUUGCAAAGCCACAUGAUCUUUUGAUAUGAAUAAGUAAAAUUAACUUUCUCUGAUCAUGGGGUGGCGUGAGUCAUGAACUCAAUUGGAUAUUGUGAACCCCAGGAUACUCAGGGGAUCAAUUGUAACACUAAACAAACUUGAGAGAUGACACUUGUUUAGCACAUGCUCAGUCAAGCUACCUCUUAAAAGCAAUUAGGUGUAGUUUUUUAGUAAUUUUACUUUGUAAAAUGGAUUUUUAAGCAUAAAAGUUGCAUUUUGAAUGUCCCAUAUUAUUCUCGGUCUCUGAAAUUGUGAUGCCUGUGAAUAUAAACAUUGUUUGACUGUUAAACGUUAACAGGUUGGGGGCAUUAACAUAUGUAAUGAACAUUGUUUCGUUAAAAUAUCUACUUGAAGGCUUCUUUAACAGAGAUGCACAGAGAGGCAGACCAAUCUGGGAUAACAUGGAUUAUCAGGUGCUGUUGCCAUUAAAGCAAAAAAGAGAGGCAUACUUUUAAGCUUUUCACUUUAUUCACUUUUCACUAUAUGAUUGUUGAAUGAAAAUAAGUCGUUUCACUAGUGUUCUCACAAUUGUAUUUGCUUUAAACAGUAUUCCUGACAUCAAAAAGAAUUAAUGUCAUUGAAAAAGUGAAAAUAUUCAAAAACGCAAUUAAAUUAUUACUUUGAGGUGUGCUCUUAUUUGAUUUACAUGGAUUAGUUAAAUUUUUUAAUUAAUUUAAUUAUAAUACUCUGACUUUUAUUCUCGGUGUAAAUAAUUUAUCUGCAUUAUUAUUGUUGGUGCAUAUGUAUGUUUGUUAUAUUUCUUUAAAAAAAUGUGAUGUAGAUGUUUAGUAGUUUGUGAGUUACUGAAGAAAAUGUGAAAAGUGUUACAGGUUCUCCCAUUUAAGUCCUUUUAAACUACUAAAGCAUGUACUAAAUGAAUUUACUUACUGUUAGUAAGUAAUAAUGUGAUGAUCAGACAUCUGGUACUACAGUAUAUUCCCUCAAGUUACUUUGUUGUUUCUCAAUAUAUAGUGAACAGCCUACUUAAAGAACCAUGUGGGCAUCAUGCCUAAAAUGCUGUCAAGGCAGGCAGCUCACUAGGUUGUUUAGUGUCCAUGGUUAGUGACAUUUGGAACAGCCAGAGUGUUUCAGUUUAGUUGUUCUACUUCCAAAAACAGUUUAUUAGUUUAAUGAUAAGGGGACUGAAUGCAGGCAUGUUUAGUCCAGAUAAAGAAUAGGUGUGUAUUUUACUUCUCCUUUUCGACAGCCUUGUUUUUUAUAGUGUCAGCUUUGAUCCCUCCGCGUUAUAACACCAAUCAUUUGACUCAUUCGCAACCAUUAUUGAUCAUAAUAUUUAGUGGUGGAGUCUAGGUGCGAAUGUUCCUUUAAAAGCGCUGAAAGCCUUCCGUACAAAGAGGCGUGACGCAUUUUGACAGAGCCAAUCAGAGACCGAGUUCUUCCAUUUGGUCGGAUGUCAUUGGCUCACAUAAGUGUCCGUCAUUGUCUUGCCGUCGGGUUCACGUCUGAAUAUGGCAUGUUGUCGGUCGGUGGGCUGAAGUAAGGCUGAAUGUCACAGAC